GCUCCGCUCACGGGCGGCCCUAGGAGCGGCGGUGGCGCGCAGAGAGGGACGGCUCUCCGGCCGGCCGGCCGCGACCCCCGCCCGCCGCGAUGGCCAGCGAGGUGGUGUGCGGGCUCACCUUCCGGCUGCUCCUGCCCGUGUGCUUGACUGCCGCCUGUGCUUUCCGUUACAAUGGGCUCUCCUUUGUCUACCUCAUCUACCUCCUGCUCAUUCCUCUGUUUUCAGAACCCACAAAAGCAACCAUGCAAGGGCAUACAGGACGAUUAUUGAAAUCUCUGUGUUUCACCAGUCUGUCAUUUCUGCUGCUGCACAUCAUCUUUCAGAUUACAAUAAACAGUCUUGAAGCUGCAAAAACUAUUGAACCUGGUUUUAACUGUUCGACAUGGGAGAAAACAUUACGGCAGAUUGGUUUUGAAAGUGUGAAAGGAGCAGAUGCUGGGAACGUGAUCAGACUAUUUGUACCAGAUAUUGGGAUGUUCAUUGCUAGCCUGACAAUAUGGCUCAUCUGCCGCAACGUGUUCCAGAAGCCGGUAACCGAGGACGCAGCGCAGUGCAACAUGCAGUUUGAAAAUGAGGAGAUGGCCGUAAGAGAAAAAUUAGAGCCAGAUGAUGCUUUGAUGUAUGAAGAGGAUCUGGAUGACGAUGACUGUGGAGAAGCAGAAUUUGAGGAGACCAUGAAAUUAAAACUGCUGCGUAGAAUUGCCUUCCUAGCAUCCAAACUGAGGGAGUUUAUUGGCAAUAUGAUAAUCACCACUGGAAAAGUUGUUGUUACAAUUUUACUUGGUUCAGCAGGUAUGAUGGUGCCAUCUUUGACCUCAGCUGUGUAUUUCUUUGUGUUUUUGGGCCUGUGCACAUGGUGGUCCUGUUGCCAAGCAUUUGAUCCGCUGAUAUUCAGCUGUCUGUGUGUAUUAAUGGCUAUAUUCAGUGCGGGACACUUGAUUGGACUUUAUCUGUACCAGCUACAGUUCUUUCAGGAGGUUGUUCCACCAAAAGAUUUCUAUGCCAGGUUGUUUGGUGUCACUUCUCUUACUCAGACAAACUGCUCAAGCACUUGGAUGAUCAUCAAAAACCAGGAGUUACAUUGGUAUCACCACGCUAACCCGAUCUUACUGCUGGUGAUGUACUACACCCUCGCAACUCUCAUUCGUCUCUGGCUGCAAGAGCCCAUUGAAAGGCAGACACCUGAUGAAGAGAAAUCUGUCAGCAGGGAAGAUGACAAAGAAAUUCCCUGCAGCCCAAUUCCAAUGACAGCAGAGAGGAGACGCAGUCUGUGGUAUGCAAGCCACUAUACAACUGAUGAGAGAAAACUUCUGUCAAUGACCCAAGAUGAAUACAAGCCAUCGGAUGUGCUGCUGGUGACCGUGAAUGGGAGCCCUGCUGACUAUCACACCAUUCACCCUGCUCUGCCACUAGAAAAUGGUCCAGCCAAAGCAGACAUGUACUCCACACCACAGUACAAGUGGGAGCCCUCAGAUGGCGUGUCAGAAAAGGAAGAGGAGGAGGAAGGAGAAGAUGAAGUUACUCAGGAGGAAAAGGAAAAUGUUAAAUUACAUGCCUUGGUCUCUGUGUUUCAAUUUAUCAUGAAACAAAGCUACAUUUGUGCUCUGAUAGCUAUGAUGGCAUGGAGCAUCACAUAUCACAGCUGGUUGACUUUUGUGUUACUGAUCUGGUCUUGCACAUUGUGGAUGAUUCGGGACCGAAGGAAAUACGCCAUGAUCAGUUCACCAUUCAUGGUUUUUUAUGGAAAUUUACUGUUAAUAUUACAGUAUAUAUGGAGUAUUGAGCUCAAGAAUAAUGAACUUCCUCAAGUAUCUGGUUUUUUAAAAAGAAAGGAACCUGGGGAGCUGGCAUCAAAGAUUCUUUUCACAAUUACUUUCUGGCUACUGCUUAGGCAACACCUCACUGAACAGAAAGCACUUCGGCUAAAAGAAGCCACAUUAUCUGAGGUCAAAGUUGGAAGUGAAGAAAAUGAAGAAAAAGAAGAGGAGUCGCAAGAGGGAGAAGUGUCAGAAGAACAGGAAGAGGAGAAGGAAGAGGAGGAGGAGGGAGAGGAGGAGGAUGAACAGGAUAUUAUGAAAGUCUUGGGGAAGCUGGUGAUGGCUAUGUUAAUCAAGUACUGGAUUUACGUCUGUGGGGGCAUGUUCUUCUUUGUCAGCUUUGAGGGUACAAUUGUCAUGUACAAAAUCAUCUACAUGGUACUGUUCCUCUUCUGUGUGGCCCUCUACCAGGUACACUAUGAAUGGUGGAGAAAGAUUUUAAAGUACUUCUGGAUGUCAGUGGUUGUUUACACGAUGUUGGUACUUAUCUUCAUCUACACAUACCAGUUUGAGUCAUUCCCUGGGUUGUGGAAGAACAUGACAGGCCUGGAUGAAAGGAAACUAGAGGACCUUGGCUUAAAACAGUUUUCUGUGGCCGAUCUAUUCACACGCAUCUUUAUCCCCACCUCCUUCCUACUGGUGUGUAUCUUACACCUUCACUAUUUCCAUGAUCGGUUUCUGCAGAUCACUGAUUUAAAAGCUGUAACCAGCAAACAGGACAACACUAUUUACAGACUGGUGCACCAAGAUGGAAGCCUGCCUGACAUAACUAUGAUGAAUCUAACAGCCAGCAGAGAAAAGGAAGAGGAUAAAAUGCUGGAAGAGGCUGGUGAGAAAAGAAUGGAAGAGCCAGAGGGGGAGGGAGGGAAAGGGAGGGUCAAAAAAGGAAAAGAAGAAGAGAAGGAGGAUGAGGAUAAAGAAGAUGAUGAUGAUGAUGACAAUGAAGACAAUGAAUCAGAGGAAGAAGAAACUACAGACUUGAGGAACAAGUGGCAUCUGGUGAUCGACCGCCUUACAGUGCUAUUUUUGAAAUUCCUGGAGUAUUUUCACAAGAUGCAAGUCUUUGUGUGGUGGCUGUUGGAGCUGCACAUCAUCAAAAUUGUUUCCUCUUACAUCAUCUGGGUCACAGUGAAAGAGGUGUCUCUACUUAACUUUGUGUUUUUAAUUGCCUGGGCUCUUGCUUUGCCAUAUGCUCAGUUUCGCCCACUGGCAUCAAGUAUCUGCACUGUUUGGACAUGUGUAAUUAUUGUCUGCAAAAUGUUGUAUCAGCUCACAUCUAUUGAUCCCAAGGAUUUUUCCAGAAACUGUACAUUGCCAGGAGAGAAUGAAACUAAAGUCAAUUUAGAAGAACUGAAAACCUCAGUGCUCUACAGUGGGCCAGUUGAUCCUUCGGAGUGGGUUGGAUUGAGAAAGUCUAGUCCCCUUCUUGUGUACUUAAGGAAUAACUUACUGAUGCUGGCUAUUCUGGCCUUUGAAGUUACAAUCUACCGUCACCAAGAAUACUACAGAUGUCGAAAUAACCUCACUGCACCUGUGACUAAAACCAUUUUCCAUGAUAUUACAAGAGCACAUCUGGAUGAUGGACUUGUAAACUGUGUCAAGUAUUUCAUAAACUACUUUUUCUACAAGUUUGGUUUGGAGACCUGUUUUCUUCUAUCAGUGAAUGUGAUUGGUCAAAGGAUGGAUUUUUAUGCAAUGAUUCAUGCCUUCUGGCUGAUUGCUGUAUUGUAUCGACGUAGGAGAAAAGCUAUUGCAGAGAUCUGGCCAAAAUAUUGCUGUUUUCUAACAUGCAUCAUUACAUUCCAGUACUUCCUUUGCAUUGGCAUCCCACCUGCUCCUUGUAAAGACUAUCCAUGGAGAAGUGGCAAUGCCAACUUCAACUCCAACAUCAUAAAGUGGUUAUACUUUCCAGACUUCAUUGUGAGACCAAACCCUGUCUUCCUCGUGUAUGACUUCAUGCUGCUUCUGUGUGCAUCCUUGCAAAGGCAGACAUUUGAAGAUGAAAAUAAAGCUGCGGUACGGAUCAUGGCUGGAGACAAUGUGGAAAUUUGCAUGAACCUUGAUGCAGCAUCUUUUAGCCAGCAUAAUCCUGUUCCUGACUUCAUCCACUGCCGGUCCUACUUAGACAUGUAUAAGGUGAUAAUAUUUAGUUACCUCUUCUGGUUUGUGCUUACCAUAAUCUUCAUCACGGGAACCACAAGGAUCAGCAUAUUCUGCAUGGGCUACUUGGUGGCCUGCUUCUAUUUCCUUCUCUUUGGUGGAGACCUGUUGCUGAAGCCCAUUCGGAGUAUUCUGCGUUACUGGGACUGGCUGAUUGCCUACAACGUCUUCGUGAUCACCAUGAAGAACAUCCUGUCGAUAGGAGCAUGUGGCUACAUUGAAUCAUUAAUUGAGAAGAGCUGCUGGGUGAUUCAGGCAUUUAGCCUGGCUUGUACAGUUAAAGGCUACCAUAUUCCAACGAGCAAUGUAGAUUGUAAACUGCCCAGUGGUGAAGCAGGAAUCAUUUGGGACAGUAUAUGUUUUGCUUUCCUGUUGCUGCAAAGAAGAGUCUUCAUGAGUUACUACUUCCUUCAUGUGGUUGCAGAUAUAAAAGCUUCUCAGAUAUUAGCAUCAAGGGGUGCUGAGCUUUUUCAGGCUACAAUUGUCAAAGCUGUAAAGGCAAGAAUUGAAGAGGAAAAAAAAUCAAUGGAUCAACUGAAAAGACAAAUGGAUCGCAUCAAAGCCAGGCAGCAAAAAUACAAGAAGGGUAAAGAGAGGAUGCUGAGCAUGAACCAGGAGUCCUCAGAGGGGCCAGAGAUUCGGAAGGUUUCUGAAGAAGACGAUGAAGGAGAUGCAGACAAAGAGAAAGCCAAGGGCAAAAAAAAGCUGUGGUGGCGGCCUUGGGUUGAUCAUGCUUCCAUGGUCAGAAGUGGAAAUUAUUAUUUGUUUGAGACGGAUAGUGAAGAGGAAGAGGAAGAGGAUAAAAAAGAAGAGGAAGAGCCUCGAAAAAAAUCUGCUUUUCAGUUUGUUUAUCAAGCCUGGAUAACUGACCCAAAAACAGCUCUACGACAGAGGCGCAAAGAGAAGAAAAGUUUUGGGAAAGAGAAGAGAAGGCGAAAAGGAUCUGGAGAUGGAGGUGGCAACGAUGCAGACUGUGAGGACAGCGAGGAGGAACCUGUCAAGAAGAAAUCAGAUGGACCAGAUAACAUCAUCAAGAGGAUAUUUAAUAUCUUGAAGUUUACUUGGGUCCUUUUCCUGGCAACGCUGGACAGUUUCACAGCUUGGCUUAACUCCAUCUCCAGAGAACACAUCGAUAUCUCCACCGUGCUCAGGAUCGAGCGCUGCAUGCUCACCAGGGAGAUUAAGAAGGGAAAUGUUCCAACACGGGAGAGCAUCCAUUUGUAUUACCAGAACCAUAUGAUGAAACUUUCUGAGGAGUCAGGACUAGAUGAAAUUGAUAAAAAUCCCAGUCAAGCUUCUGGUUUGCAAGCAUCUGAAAGAAUGGAUAGUUUAGAUUCAGCAGCAUCUCAUGACAGCAUCUCCAGUGAACCCACACAGGUCACCAUGCUCUAUUCCCGUCAGGGGACCACAGAAACCAUUGAGGAGGUAGAAGGGGAGCAUGAGGAAGAAGGAGCUCAUUCUGCAUCAAGGUUGGAGGAGGAGGAGGUGGAAGAUUAUAGCCUGGAUUCGGAAGGAGCUGCAUAUACUCCUGAUACCGAUGUGCCGUUGUACUCCACAGUGGACAGCAAUGCAGAAGCUCCACCUUCCUAUAGCAAAGCUGUCAGCUUUGAGCACCUUCCCUUUGGCUCCCCAGAUGACUCAGCUGGGAAGAGCCUCAUGAUGGUGAGCCCGGAUGACAGUCGGACGGACAAACUCGACAGGAUUCUGCCCCCACUGACGCACGAGCUGACAGCUAGUGAGCUGCUCCUGAACAAGAUGUUUCAUGAUGACGAGUUGGAGGAGUCAGAGAAGUUCUAUGUUGGUCAGCCUCGAGUCUUGCUCCUUAUUUAUGCCCUGUACAAUACGCUGGUGGCCCGGUCAGAAAUGGUGUGCUAUUUUGUGAUCAUCCUUAACCACAUGAUCUCUGCCUCCAUGAUAACCCUGGUGCUUCCCAUCCUUAUAUUCCUGUGGGCCAUGCUGUCUGUUCCUCGGCCAAGCAAACGCUUCUGGAUGACUGCCAUUGUCUACACUGAGGUGGCCAUUGUCAUCAAAUACUUCUUCCAGUUUGGCUUCUUUCCUUGGAAUAAACAUGUGGAUUACACAAAGGAUAAACCUUACCAUCCACCCAAUAUUAUUGGCAUUGAGAAGAAAGAGGGUUAUGUGCACUACGAUCUUGUUCAGCUUCUUGCUCUGUUCUUCCACAGAUCCAUUUUAAAGUGCCAUGGCUUGUGGGAUGAGGAUGAGAAAGGAGACAGCUCCAGUAAUAAAGAGGAUACUGAUGAUGAGCUCUCUCUGACAGGAGGCAGGAGAGACUCUUCUGCCUCUUUGAAGUCUGUCAAUCUUGCCGCAUCUGUGGAGUCCAUCCAUGUCCACUUCCCCGAGCAGCAGACUGCCAUCAGGAGGAAGAGUUCUAGCAGCAUAUCCCAGCUUUCUCACAGGUCCAGCUUCUCUUCACACAGAUCUAAGAGAGGAAGUACCAGUACACGGAACAGCAGUCAGAAGGGAAGCAGUGUGUUAAGCAUCAAGCAAAAAUCUAGAAAAGAGCUUCUCAUGGAAAAGUUUCGAGAACAAAUGAUCAAAGCCAAGGCUUUUACAAUUAAAAAGACUCUCCAGGUGUACAUGCCCAUCAGACAGUUUUUCUACAAUCUUAUCCAUCCAGACUACAGCGCAGUGACUGAUGUGUAUGUGCUGAUGUUCCUGGCAGAUACAGUGGACUUCAUCAUCAUUGUGUUUGGAUUUUGGGCUUUUGGGAAACAUUCUGCUGCAGCAGAUAUCACCUCUUCAUUAUCAGAGGACCAGGUCCCAGAGGCAUUUUUGGUGAUGGUGCUCAUUCAGUUUGGUACCAUGGUGGUAGAUCGAGCACUGUACCUCAAAAAGACUGUCAUGGGAAAAGUCAUCUUCCAGGUCAUCCUUGUUUUUGGAAUACAUUUCUGGAUGUUCUUUAUCUUGCCUGGAGUGACAGAAAGGAAAUUUAGCCAGAACACAGUUGCCCAGCUCUGGUAUUUUGUGAAAUGUGUUUAUUUUGGCUUAUCAGCUUAUCAGAUACGCUGCGGAUAUCCAACUCGUGUUCUUGGCAACUUCCUCACAAAAAGUUAUAACUAUGUCAACCUGUUCUUAUUUCAAGGGUUCCGCCUGGUUCCAUUUUUGACUGAGCUGAGAGCAGUAAUGGACUGGGUUUGGACUGAUACCACUCUCAGUCUUUCCAGCUGGAUCUGUGUUGAAGAUAUCUAUGCUCAUAUAUUCAUCCUGAAGUGUUGGCGAGAGUCAGAAAAAAGAUAUCCCCAACCAAGAGGCCAGAAGAAAAAGAAAGUUGUGAAGUAUGGAAUGGGUGGCAUGAUUAUCGUCUUGCUGAUUUGUAUUGUCUGGUUCCCACUGCUCUUCAUGUCUUUAAUCAAAUCUGUUGCAGGCAUCACCAACAAGCCUCUAGAUGUAUCAAUCACAAUAACUCUAGGAGGUUAUCAGCCUAUUUUUACCAUGAGUGCUCAGCAGAAUCAGCUCAAAAGUUUGGAUCCGAAUGAGUUCAAUGAUUUUAUGAGAAGCUAUAGGGGUAACACUGCUGCCUUGCAGUUUCUCGAGGGGUAUGCAAGAGAAGAUAUAACUCGAGCAGACCUGGAGGGAAAUUCAAACUCUUUAUGGACCAUCAGCCCUCCCAGUAGAAAUAAAAUGAUACAGGGACUUAAAGACUUUGAUGCUGAUUUCACUUUAGUUAUUUCAUGGACCAUUCAGAGGAAUCUCUCCCUUGGUGCCAAGGCUGAAAUAGCAUCAGAUAAACUUACCUUCCCACUAAAAAAUCAUACCAGGAGAGAUAUUGCUACAAUGAUGGCUGAAAAUCAACCGGAAAAGGUAACAUUAGAGGAAGUAUAUCCAUACUACAUCAAGGCUCCUAGUGAUUCUCUGGCAAAACCCAUAAAGCAGCUAUUGAAAGACUGCAAGUGGGAAAAUAUUACAGUUUCCCUUGUGAAAAAUGCAUCUGAAGAAUGGUGGGUUUUGAAUCAGCUUGGAAAAAGACAAAAAACGCCUCAAGAGAGUCUUGAACUCUUCAUAUUCAGUGAUAAAGUCAGUCCACCCAGCCUUGGAUUCUUGGCUGGUUAUGGCAUUAUGGGACUGUAUGCCUCAGUUGUCCUGGUGAUAGGGAAGUUCGUCCGUGAGUUUUUCAGUGGGAUCUCUCACUCCAUCAUGUUUGAGGAGCUGCCCAAUGUAGACCGAAUCCUGAAGCUGUGUACUGACAUUUUCCUAGUGCGAGAGACUGGAGAACUGGAACUAGAAGAAGACCUGUACGCCAAGCUAAUAUUCCUGUAUCGCUCACCAGAGACUAUGAUCAAGUGGACUAGGGAAAAAACUAAUUGAUCUCUUUGGCAUCACACUGCAAAUCAAGUUGGUUAAAUCGGAAUUUUAAAGGAAAAAUUUAAAAAAGCACAAUAUUCUCUUAAGAGCUAAGCCUUUUAUAGUUGGGUAGCAAUGAUUUUUCACAGAAGGAAUCCUGGAAGCUACGGCCUUAGGAAUCCAUGCUGCCUUUCAAAUUAAGGAUCAACAGUGAAGAGGGUUGAAUGAUUUGUUGUUUUUAAUGUGCCACUCCUCUACAAUCUGGGGACUGCUUUGUAAUUUAAUCAGCAAAAAGUUUGCAUCUUUGUCUGGCUAAUUUAAUUUUCCAGACAACCAUUACACCUUAGAGAGAAACGAAAGGAGUGAACCCACAGAUGACUCCAGUGUACCUUCUUAAUCCUUUCUGGAGCCACACAGUUUGGAUUGUGCAAUAUGCUGUUGUACAUCACUGACUUUCAAGCUACAGUAAUGGGACACUGACGAGCCUUCAGGACACCCAGCACCCAGGGCCACACUGGGAACUGAAGACAUUCUAGCCAUACCCAUUUGUAGAAAAGCAGAGGUUUUGAUGUACAAAGGACACUGUGGACAAGCCUCUGUCAGCAAAAAAAAGUAAAAACAAGUCAGAAAACAAGUAACAGUCUCUUGAAAUGCCUUAUUUUAUUUGUACAGUCACAGGAGACAUUUCCACCAGACAUCAAUGACUUUUCUCAGGAAAAAGAAAAAGCAACUGAAACUUGACACUUCGUCAAGAUUAACUAAUGGCUAGAAUAAUUAUGGUGAAUUAUGGGAUGUUCUGCUGGGCCAUUCUCUUCAGCAUUACUGCUUUCCAUUGGAUGAGAAAAGAAAGCGAAAUCGAUGACCUAAUGUGCUACUUCAUUUCUUAUAACCCUUUAAAGACUCUGAGUAGUGUGUGCUUCUCUCUGCUCCCCAUGACAUGCUUUUUCCCAUUUCGAUGAUUUAAGGCAACUCUUGUUUUGCUGUUAGCUGAUAUUCUUCUUCCAGUGUUUCAGGUAUACAAAAAUGUUUACAUAUUCCAAGUCACAUUUUUACAUCUAAGACGGGUUUUUUUUUAAGUUCCCAAAUAUAGACAUACAUAUGAGCUUGAGAAAUGCCCUUUUUUUUUAAAUUGCUAUUAUUAGUGAAACAAAUGGCUCAUUGCAGCAUGAAAAUUUACAAUUGCAAUGUAGGUUUCUUUCCAUGUUAAAAAAAAAUAAUUGAGAAAAAAAAAUAAUUGAGUGGGUAGGGUAUGUUAAAAGGAUAUACUUGUAGUUUUGAUUCAGUAAUGACUUAAAAUAAAGCACAUAUUGCAAAGUCAUUUUAGAAGUAUUUUUUCCUCUGCCUUUUUACAUGAAAUGGGAAAAGUUUGACAUUCUUCUUAAUCUGUGACAAAUAAAUCUCUUUCUUGUAGUUAGCUGCUAUUUAUUAUAUGAAUGAUUAGUUAAUCACCAGAAAGAAACUAACAUAAUUUGCUGGCACAUUUUACUGCAGAACUUCAUAAAACAGCACAACAAAAUGAAGUUGAAACAUACUCUGCUGAGUGCUUCCAUGACAAAUGCUGUCACAUCCAUUCUAUACUGUGAAAACUAACACUUUGAGCACCUUGACGUGCACAAAAUAAAAAUUGCUUCAUGAUAUUGUAACAAUAAAAUAAUUUGAUGACUGGAACUCACUGGAAGACAACCUGAUUUCCUCUGAAGUGAAAAGGUGGCUGCUCAUACACCCAGGCAGCAUUUCCCCCUGCAAAGUUUUGCUCCAUUUCUUCCAUAGGUCCUGUGAAUGAAAAUUGAAAUAUACAGGGCAGCCCUGACAUAGCACUCAGGGAUGCUAAAAUGUCUUUUAUAGUUCGAUGGAUCCUCACCUGGGUGUUCAGUGAUUUUAAGGAGAUGAACACUGGAAGGAGAAGUGUGAAGGAUGUAGUGUGUCUCUAAAGACACCAGCCAGCAGAACCAUGCUGGCCACAGUUGGCCCCAGCUCCCUUCCUGGUUCCUUCUCUUCAACAGGCACUUCCUUUUUGUUGGGAAAAAUCUGUCUUCAGAACGAGCUGUACAGUUAUUUGGGCUUUGCAAAAAAUGUGCUGCUCUUUCAUUCGUGGAUUGAUCAAACUUUGAAAAUAAAAGGAUUCUUCUGUUGUU